CAACAUUGACACGGCCAAGGAGCGCAAGAAACGACGGAGGACAUGCUUGACAUACGAAGGCUAACUUUCGUUGUGCUGAGCAGCGCUCUACUCUUUGGCACGAUUUAUUCUGUGGCCCGGCACAGUUACCUUGACACGUCUGACCCGCUCGUCGCGCUCGGACAUGUCAAGCACCCAUUGCACGAUGUGUCAUACUUUUCUCGGAAGACCAACGUCCUUAAUACUGUUUUUAUCAAGCGCGCAUGGGGGUGGACAACGGCCGCCUUUGUUGCACUCUGGGCAACGGCUCCGCGAAGCAUCUCUGGCCCCGGCCUGCGGAGCUCUUCCGUGAGCACACGAGAACGGAUUGGUAAAUGGCUUGUGGCAACCCUAGUUUGGCUCAUCUUCACAUCUUGGUUCUUCGGUCCCGCUGUAUUCGACCGGCUGACCACGUUCUCUGGUGGUGAAUGUGUCGUACGGCUCCCGUCUGGCAGGGUGCAUUCCAUCCCGCUGUCAUAUUGUCAUGACAAGUCCUACAUUUCUCCCGCGACACACCCCGAGAUAUUUUACAUUCCGCCCCUUGUGCUAGACGAAGAGCUCGCCGCUGACUGGCGGUCAAAGCCCCGGUUGAUGAGAGGGCAUGACGUAUCUGGACAUAUCUUCCUCCUGACAAUGAGCCUCCUGUUCUUGGCGGACAUGGUUCGCCCGUCUCUUGCCAUUCCUUCCCGGACCCCGUCUACUGCGCAUAGUCUCGCCUUGGCCGCAACAGCGGUCCUGAUGGCAAUUUGGGUGUUUGCAAUAUUCACGACAAGCGUUUACUUUCAUACUCCAUUCGAGAAGCUGACGGGAUAUGCUCUCGGGCUUUUCGGAUUUCUGAUUACACAGCUUCCCUUCUUGCGGGAACGAAUACCUGAAAUCCACGGCGACUGAGAGCAUGGAGAAUCACACCACCGUGUAUUGUACAG